AUUUACUAUCAUUAUUUAUAAAGGUGAACGUGUGGAAAAUUCUUGUUUGAAAUUCUGUUACUAUAGAUUCACAAUGUGGGAAUUUAUAUUAUAUAUUUUUCCACACUUCCUUAUAACGGUGUUGUCACAAGGUGGUUUUAAUACGCAAGGUGAGGGCGUAUAUACAACGAUCAGCGUAGACGAGUGUGGAUCGGAAAUAGAGGACCCCAUCAUGACGUUCGAAGUGGAAAAGCAUAAAAUAAAUCACACUCAUGAAGUGUUCAACGCCAAAAUAGGCGCCACGAUGGACAUCGACGACAGUUUUGGGUUAUUCAUAGAAGUGUGCAAGCUGGUGGACGGAGGUUGUAAGCAUUACGCUACCAUCGUCGAAGGUAUGGAGAAGUUAUUGAAGAAGCACGCGAAGAAUAAUCUGGAGAACGCCUUCAGGUGUGCCGGCCUCGACCAAAAGGAAUUCCCUAUUCCUAAAGGCAACCACGAAGUGAAAGACUUCAUCAUGGACUACUGUGAGCUGCCCACAUAUGCCCCCUUCGGGACAUUCGAAGCUGAGGCGUACGUUAUUAAGGACGAGCGGCGCGUCGGCUGUAUCAAGGCGGUGCUAGAGUUCAAGGAAGAUGACCUGUGCUCUUGAAGCGUUUUAAGGAAGUUUCUAGACGUCUACGAAGGUUGUUUAAUAAAAAAAAUUAUUUAGCCAUAAA